CGACCAUCCUGGAUGUGAAGAAUCAAAAUAUUAUACGGACGUGAAAGCAUCUUCCGUCACCGCUGUAUAACCCGAGAGAACUGGAGUACUUUGUUUCAUUUUUCGCAGCAUUCCGAAGUAGGCUGAGGUUCAAAUUCUCGACAUGAGCGAAUGAUUUCGGCUAGCUCUGAAUAGAGAAUUAUUUUCGGGUACAAUCAUGUCAAGCUGAGACUCUAUUGCUCUCUCUCUCCAUGUCGAUCCACUCACUGCCCCUAUUGUACAGUACAGCCUCUGCAGUUAGGACGAGGGAUCUGCAUGCACCAAAUAUAAAUGUCAAAUAACCGGUUGAUUGACUCGGAGCAGGAAUAUGGGUGUUGGUUCACUGACCAGAAACAUGGUGAACUCAUGCGGCCACACACGAAUGGAGGGUACGAGAUGUACAAAGAAGACAAGGCAAAAUGCGUCUAGACUCCAAACUCGAAGGUUGGAGAGUGAAAUUAGCCCGGAACUGUACCAGACCGGAGUUAAUAAGUCGAAUAUGCUGUGAAACUGGCUUCAACUGUACACACAAAUCCAUGACCAGAAAAGACAAUUGGAAGGUUCGUCUUCGUUCAAAACGCAUUGAAGAGAAAAUAUUUGGCUCCAGUGGCCCUCCAGAACCCCGUUUGGACCCAUCGAUGGAGCUUUUUCUUCCACAAGGAACGUGCCACGAGACCUGCAGCAGCCUGGUCAGAGCAGUCCAAGAGUCUUUCUGUGGAGUCUGCUGCCCACCUUUUGGGGCCCUGAAGCUGAAGGAUUGGGUAGAACGACAUCGCCUUGUCGACUUGGUUUCCCUCCCAACAGUUGAAUAAUAGGCAAACACUCGUUAGUAGGGGCUGGUGAUAAAUGUCCAAUAACUGUAGGGUUCGGUCCAAAUUCCGCAUGAAGUGGUUUUGAAAACAUCAAUGAGCUCUACCUUGUAUGAAGCGGAUUCCCAUUCAAUUUGUCUCUCCACAAUGAUACACCCAUCCCCAAUAAGAUGGAAAAUAAUGCCCACCUUUCGGUUGGCUCUAAUUAUGAGAAAUAAA